AUGAAGAAGCUCACAAGGAAAGAGAACAAUAAGACCACAACUCGCGGGAUUAUGUCAACGUCUGUACAUCUAUUGCACGAUCGCAUGCAAACUCGCAAGAUGCAUCACCGUGCAAUGAGGCAGAUCACAGAUGUACUCGGCGUAUGUUUGAAUUCCACACGAAGGAAAGAACAAUGGACAUGUUUACGUCGCGACAAACAUCAAGAACUUUAUGCCAAGCGUAUUUCCCAAGGAGUUAAUAAUGGCUCCUCUGUUUACUAUCUUGCUGUCAACGAGGCAUCUUGUGGCUUUGACGAAGCCUUUAAUCUUCUCCAUUUUGAUUCGACAGCGCAAUUUCGUUUAAUGAUGAAGCUAUUACACGGUCGCGACUUUAAAGACGGUACUUUACAUUCAAUGCGGACAAAGGAGAACUCGACAAGCGACUGGACCGUAGACACGCAACAUGCAGCAGUCUCUAUCGUGUAUCAAGACCAUCGCAAGUCCGUCUUGCUGCGUGAACAACACUUGACCUUUUUCCAAACACUUAAGAUUUUUUUGCCCGAGAAUCAGCGACAACAUACAAGUGAGGGUACAGUGUCUACAUCCGUGGCGUCAUCUCUGGCUGGAUUAAGUGCGCGUCCAUCCGAUGAAGUCCAUAAGCGUACUAUUGCGUUUAGUUGGCUACCAAUUCCUCAGUCGCAUGACGUUAUGCUGGAGACGGCACACCAGGUCGAUUUACAGUAUACACUGAUUGUGGAAGAAGUUUCGUCCAAUCGGCUGCGUCUUUCGUGCGUGACGAGCUCAUAUCACGAUGAGAAUGAUGGUCCUUUGUCUUGUUCACCAAGAGGAGCUCGAGCCAUCGCGCGGCGUUUAGCACUCUGUUCUGUUGGUAGAUUUGAGCUGGCCGUGGCUGCUUCCAGAGUUGGCGUUUAUAAGUUUGUUUCACCGCACCAUUGGGUGAAGAAUGAGGAACGCGCUUACUGUGUCAUUUGCUGGAAACGGUUUAAUGCUAUUUUUCGUCGACGUCAUCACUGUCGACUAUGUGGAGAAGUCAUUUGCGGCUCGUGCAGUUCGUUGCGCAGCGCAAGUAUCGUUAAUACGAAGUUAAAAGAGGUCAAUAAGACUCGCAUGUGCCAUCUCUGUCAUAAUAAGACUCGCUAUCAGGCUAACACGCACGGAGUUUCCGACCAAACCAAUAAAGACGAUACUCAUGUUUCGCUGUCUAAAUGGAAACCGCCACCUCGUGAGUCAGGUUUUCAUUUAGAGGGUGAAAAUUUAAUGCAGGAUCUACCUGCAAGCUUGAAAAUCGUAGGUGGUCAUGAACUGAUCAUGCCAGCGCCAUUAGAUGCUUCGACGAGUCAAGAGUGCAAAGCAAGCGAGGACGCUCUUGGAUUCAAUUGUGUCGAGAGUGGUGGCUACAUUGGAGCACUACCAAGUCAUGUUACUCCUUCUAUUAACAGUAAGAUUAUAUCGAUUAAGUCUAUUGCACGUAGUGCUAAGAUAUCGUUGCGCAAGACGCCAAAUAAGGCGGAUAUUCGGUCAUGUCAAGAGUAUGAAGUCAACAGCGCCAAACUAAGUAUUGAUGUUUUUAGUUGGGAGAGUGAAAACCUCAGUGGUAUUGAAGAUACUCACGCUGGAUAUGGCCAGCCUCGGUCUGGAAUAGAAGUAUCGAGAUCGUUCUUACAUCCAGUGGCCAUGACAUCAAAGUUGGAAAAAAUGGUUCAGCCCAUUCGACUUAAUGCCGAAUCAAGUAGUUGCAGCUCUGCUGAUCGAUCGUUUUUAUCAUCUUGCCUUCAAAUGGACUCAAAAGAGCAAGAGGAUCAAUAUAUGGGAAGAUUCGAUUACCGACGAACGUCAAUGAUGAGUUCUAAUCUUGGUUUGCUGGACCAGGAUCUGAUUGCUGAUGAGAACUACUUUUUACCUAAGCUAGAAGGUCAUCGAGAAGAAGAGCGACUUAAGCUUAUGGAAGUAAUUAUCUCCCCUGCUUGCACCUUGGUGGAUCGGACCCUUAUGCAUCGAAGCUGUGAGCUAGCUGCAGUUGCCUUUGGCGUCAAAGCCGCCUUCAUUGCUCGAGUAGACGAUGAAUACAUUUUGAUUGAACACGCAGUCGGAACUCGCGAUCUCUUACCACAGGAUGAAAUACUACGGCGUGAGUCACUGUGCGAUUUCGUUCUAUGUCAGCCUCGGUAUCAGCCUUGGGUGGUACUGGAUUGCCUUGUGGACUCGCGCACACGCGAGAUUCCAAUGGUGCAACAUUUGCGGAUACGCUUUUUUAUAGGUAUCAGCGUGUGCGUGCGCGGUCUUCCCAUUGCGUGUCUGUGCGCUUUCGGCCAAGAUAGCGACGAACAAAGCGAUGAGCACAAUGAAAUUAGAGCAUCUUUAUAUGAUACAAGCGUUUUACAAUACGCGGCUCAACAAAUGGAAGACGAGCUGGAAAAUCUUUUGCAUGGGUUAGAGGUGUGA